AUGACCAGACGUGAAACUGGUCAUGUCGACAGGAACGGCGGCAAUGAUAUUUCCCAGAUCGGCAAACGUGAAAACACAGGCAGAGUCAAGCACUUUCUUCCAAGUUCUUCCGCCGUCUCUGGAGACGUAGGAUUUCAAGUCUUUCAGGUCCUUGGUGGUGUAUUUGCCGGUGUUUCCAAUACCAAGAAUGAUUCCAGGAGUUGGCCCUGUUUCGAAAUUUCCAUCAGAACUUCUCAUUGUGGUCCAGACCAGGUUCAAAGAACAGUCCCGGUCACCAUUGCACCCGUCUUGAUCGCUUGUCUUUAG